AUUUGGAUAAGGCAUAAGGGUAAUUCCGUCAUUUCACUUCGUCCAUAGAAAUGCGUACCGUAAAAAGCAAAUCCUCACACACGAAAGAUACGCGUCUUUUUUGCGUUUAUCAAUUAAAUAAAAUAGGCAAAAACCAUUGUUCUUCAUCAAUUUUUACUUCAUUUUUAGCACUAAAUCUUCAUCAUAUUCUUCUGUUAAUUCAAAAAUAAUAUGGGGCUGCUUUCUAAUAGAAUUGAUAGGAGCAGCCUCAAACCUGGAGAUCAUAUUUAUUCUUGGCGUGCUGCUUAUAUUUAUGCUCAUCAUGGUAUCUAUGUUGGGGAUAAUAGUGUCGUUCACUUCACAAGACGUGGUCAAGAAGUAGGAACUGGGACUGUUUUGGAUCAUCUCUUGGUAAGCUCAAUUCCAACUCGAUCUACUGCUCCUUGUACCGUUUGCACCCCACCAUCAGAUGGUCACGGAGUAGUCUCAUCCUGUUUGGACUGCUUUCUUGCUGGAGGCAUCCUGUAUCGCUUUGAAUAUGCUGUGACUCCCGCUAUCUUCCUCGCAAAAGCACGUGGAGGAACGUGUACUCUUGCAGUCUCGGAUCCAGAUGACAUCGUGGUCCAUCGAGCGAACUACCUCCUUACUAACGGCUUUGGAUUGUACAAUGUGUUCAAGAACAACUGUGAGGACUUCGCAAUUUACUGUAAGACAGGACUGCUCGUCGUAGAUCAGAGUACAAUGGGACAAAGUGGACAAGCAGUGUCUAUAAUUGGCGGACCACUUGCAGCUGUCAUGUCAACACCACUACGUCUUGUCACUACCAAUGUGUACGGGAUGGUAGCAACAGCUGUCGGGGUCUAUUGUGCAAGUCGCUACGCAGCAGAUAUUGGCAUGCGGAGGGAUGUGAUGAAGGUGUCUGUUGAAGAUCUAACAAGAAGGCUAACGACUGGCUUGUUGCAGGUUGUUGAACCGAGCCUCGCUGCUUUGACACCUACCGUUAGCUAGUAUCAUUUCGAUAUGUAAUAACGCGUUUUAGAAUUGGAAAGUGAGCCUCUUUUGCUGUAUGUUCUGAGGCUCUGUUAUCUGUUCUACUUUAUUAGGUGCUGUUUUGCCUCCAAAACAAGUUGUAAUGUGACUAUUGUUGAUUGUGAAUUUGUGACAUUGCCCAUAGGUCUUCAUUCCUACAUAUGGAAGGAAUGUUUUAAGUCAAGUUUCCUUAUUUAUAUACCAUAUUAUUACUAUGUUU